ACCGUCCCGUGCGACCGAACCGUGUGCCGAUACCGUGGGCUUAGCCUACCCCUUAUAAUCAGUAGGCAGCAGGACAGCCGGGGCGCAAAGCAAUUGCUAGUCAUCUAUGCAAGCCCAUGCACUCUCUUUGUGGACGUGUGUGCUCUUUGUGUGUGUGGAGGAAGGAAGAUUUCUGCUUGCUGACUCAGCAUUUUUUAUUUCGUAGUUAGGUUAGGACUUAGGUACGUGUUGUGAUCGAUUGUGCUACCUAGUGUUGUUUGAGAAAAAUGGCGUCAACUGUUUUGAAGGCCGGUACUGUCACUUUGCUCGUUGUGCUCGCUGCUAUGGUUUUGCAGAAGCGAUCGGAGCAACAACUUACGGAAAGGCUGAAGACAGUUCUGACAAGCCUUCUCUUGGCAGAACACAAGAUCAAGACCACAACUGGGGAACCUCGUCGUGUAGCCAUUGGUCUGGGAUCCUGUCUCGAUGCUGUGACUACGUCCAAAGAGUUAUUUUACAAGGUGGCGAUUGAACCGCCAGAUGAGGAGAAAGCAAAACACCAUGAUUCUAUCAAGUCAUCCGAGGACCUGGCUGAGAGUUUCGCUUUAUUCUUUUCCUACGGAGCUGCAGCUGAGCGCUAUGUUCACGACAAGAUGUUGUUCAAGCGGUUGGUAGCCGCUGCCCAUGAUCUACCGGAAACAAAUUGGGUGCUGGGCGGUAACGCUGCAGUGAUUGCCAACAGGAUGACCAUGGAGGGAUGUAAGUGCUUACUGGGUAGCGUCAUGUCCAAAUCAACAAUCAAGGAAAUGCAGCCGGGAAUUAUUGUGACCAAUGUGGCUCCUGAGGAUGACGAAUCAGCCGAGGAUAUUCAUCUGAUCAUGGAAUAUAAGAGAGGAGAGUCUUGGGGCGACUUCACUGCCCCUCGGGCUAACAGGUUCAUCGUUCACAGCGACACUUCCAAUCCCCUGUUGUCAUCUCUUGAGACAUUCCAGGAGCGUCUUAAGGCAUUCAACCCUCAUGCAGUGGUCAUCGGGGGACUUCAGAUGAUGGACAAUUUCCCCUUCAAAGGAGAUGAACGAAGCCAGAGACUCAAACUUUUAAACCGAAUGCUCACUGAAGACAUCUCCCGUGACACUCCAAUCCACUUUGAAUUCGCAUCCUUUGCUGAAGUGGCUACCGCCAUCGAUGUCAUGGACAAUGUUGUGUACUAUGCCGACUCCCUCGGUAUGAACGAGCAAGAGCUUCCCAACCUCUACAAUCUUCUGUACUACGGUAAUAUCAGCGUCAUAUCUGAUCCUUACCCUCGCGUUGCCACAGUCUUAGAUCAAAUGCGCUCUAUUUACAGGACCCUAAGGAAGACUUCUGAUAAACGCAAGAGGGCCCUGACGCGCCUGCACGUCCAUACUCUGGCCUUCCAGGCUAUUCUGACCACUAGGAAUUCACACUGGAAGAACACCAUGUCAGCCGCUGCCAAAGCGUCCCUCACAGCACACAGGCACGUCUGCGGAAGCACCGGCGUCAACAUCGCCAAAUCACGAUUGAUAAUGGAUGAGUCUUUCUCCCUCUCCCGGAAGAAAGACAGCCAGCGUGUCUCCUUUGAAAACAACCGCCCUGUCUCGUGUUGGAAUGAAGAUGAUUAUGAAAUAUGUAUCGCCCCUGUCUUAGUCUGUACCGAGGUGUUUAAGACUGCUGGUGGUGGGGAUAACAUAUCGGCUGCUGCGUUGGCCGUUCAAAUUUAAAUACAUCUGGCUGAAACAAACAAUCACAAUAUUUGGUAUGGUGCAUAAUCACCAUAAAAGUGAAAUAAUCAAACAUGGGAUUAGAAAAGAAAAAAACUUGACUUUCUCUCGUCCCAUGUUUGAUUAUCUGGCUGACACUCCAGGAAUCUAGUUUGAUAGGUAGAAACCUUUUUCUAAUACAGUAAACUCUUUGAUAAAAGUUAAGGAAUUCAAAAGACAAAACACUUUGCAUAUUCAGUACACUGAACACAGCAUUAUCUGUGACAAGGGUGUAACAAUCAUUCAUAUAACUUGUGGUUGGCAGCCCUAUACAGAAUGCAAAGUGAAAGGCAACCACAUUAGUUUCAAAAGUAAAGUUUAAGGUAUUAAACAGGAUUGGUUAGGCUAAAAAAAAAUGGUUAAUUUUAGUCUGAAACCUUACUGUUCACAAAGACCAUAUUUAAACCUUUAUUUUCUGUGGUAUAUUUUCCUCUGAAAUAAAGUCAUAUUCAAAAAAGCUGCAUCUGAAAACCUACAACAAAACGACCAGCUGAUUGUGGUUGUUGCAACCAGAAUUGUGAACUAUUUUUCACUUUUUUCUUCCGACUCACUCUAGGGAUUAACCCCAAAUGAUCAUUAAAAAAACAUGAAUACAGACUGCGACUAUUUGUCAGCUUUACCAAUCCUGUGUAACAACCCUUUGAGUGAGGUGAAUGGGAAACCGUGCUAAACCAAAGUUUUUAAGUAAUUUUUAAACACAUUACAGUUCAGUGAUUGAUUUAUUGAACUAACUUCUUGACAGACAAAAUGAAACAGAAUUCGGUUUAUCAGUAUACAAAUAUUGAGUGGCUCAGAGUGGAAUGGGAGGAAUAUUAUCGCAAGGUAAUAUUUGGACUGUUCCAUUUCACGAGGCGAAGCCGAGUGGAAUGGAACAGUCCAAAUUUUAACGAGCGAUAAUAUUCCUUCCAGUCCACGAAUUAAAGAACUAAGAAUUAAAGCCACUCAAUAUUUGUUUUAUAUAACCGACAUAUAGAUCCUUGUCAUUUGAUGUAUUUUAAAAGUAUA